AUGAAGCUCACAAAAGUCGAAGCAGUUUCAUCUUCGGCCGUAGAAUUUCCCAAAAUACUCAAAGACCAUUACUGUGCCGACAAAUUUGAGGUGUCUUCAAUUGAACGUUUGAAUGAAGGUGGAAGUAAGGCAGUUUACAAGGUUAGUCUUCGUCGAAAAGAAGGCGAAAACUUCCUGUACACGCCUGGAGACAGCAUCUCCCUUAUCUGCUCGAAUGCAGAGGAUGACGUCUCCUGGCUCCUUGACCACACAGACCUGGAGGGAAGUUCACCGGAUCAGUCAUUACUGAUUGAGAGAGAACAAACCAAAAAGUCGAACCCUGGGUUACCUCUCAAUGUGUGCAUCUCACCAAGACUUCUCAUGAGGCACUUUUUAGAACUGCAUUCGCCGGCCUCCAGACGCACCCUUAAUCUUCUCGUAAACCACUUCAAAAGUGACACCUGUCCGACUUCGCGGGUGCAAAAAGCUCUUCUGCACCAGCUUGUUGGCCGUGAGGGUGCUCCUUUAUAUAAUCGCUGGAUUAGGGAUAACAACCUGACCGUCAUGGAUCUUAUAGCAACCUUCGAUGCCUGUCAUCCUACAGUAACUGCUUUGUUGGAUCUAUUUCCUUCCCUGCGACCGCGCCCUUACUCCUUAGUCAACGAAUGCACUGUCUGCACGGGUGACGACCACCAGCAACUGGUUUUCGUUUACACGCGCGUGGACUUUUGCGCCACUGAAGAUCUGGGAACAGUCGAAGGCGUUACCUUUAGGCGCUACCAACGACCUCACGGAACAUGUACGGGCUGGUUGGAGGACCUCCGAAAAAAGUUGACUGGCAGCUCCUCGAAGGUCGAUCUCUUGGUCCGCCCUCGUGAAAAUAUGAACAAAUUCCGUCACCCAUCCGUAGACAUAUCCAGCAAAGAAAAUGCCCCGCUUAUCCUAAUCGCCGCGGGCACCGGUAUAGCACCAUUCAUCAGCUUUUUGCAAUAUCGACGUCGUCAAAGGCAACAGGUUAGAAGAUUUCCUUGUAAUACACUCAAUCUAAGGCAGUCUAGCGUUAUACGUUAA